ACAGAUGAAAACGCUAAGAACUAUUAAUAUUUCAUUAUGUACAUGCCUCUUUCACGCAAGAAAGUUAGUGAAAGAAAAUAGUAGAGCAUGACUCAGAUUCUUUAAGAAUAUGUAUUUGUGAAAUGAAUGCGGAAGUAAUUCAACCUAACCUAUCUUUCCUAUGAUACACAUGACACAAUUCAAAUACCGUAAUUUCAACAUACGUAUCGACAUGACUAUAUAUUUUAUUGUAUAAAACUGAAAAACGAAUUGAAUAUAUAAUUGUAAUUACUAACUUUCAACAAAAAAGCUACGUACAAAUUUACAAUAGCACCUACGUCGACUAAAAUGGCAAUCUAAGUAUAAUUUCGCGCCAUGAGUCACCCGACGUUAAAUAAAACUUUACAAAACGAAGGAAUACAACAAUUACGUGAUAACAAUUUUUUAUUAUCUUAAAAACAAAAUGUGACUGAGUAUUACAAAUUCGUUCUAAUAUGAUUAAAGUUAUACGUAUGAUAACGCAAAAGUAAUUUUAUUAUAAGAAUUGCUAAAAUUGUGUAAGAAUUUAGAAACCAGCAUAUUCAUCGUAUUUGUAUAGAAAUAAACGAUUUGCAUAAAAAUUAAUUAUAAAAUACUAACAGUUAAUGUAUAAUUUGAAAAAUAACGUUGAAAAGUAAUUUGAAAAUUUAUAGUAUAGAAUUCCAUUUAGCCGUCCCUGAAAUGCGUCGACUUCACUGACCGUAGACGGGCGACUUAGUCUGCAGUGUUCAUUUGCAAAAUGGCUGACCACAGGGAAAGGGAUUCAUAUUAUUCGCAAACUGAUUUGCGGUCAAAAAAUGAUGAUCCGCCAAAUUCGCGUUUAUUUGUCAUAUGCCACAAAAGUUUGGAAGAAGAUGACCUUAGAAAAGCUUUCGAGAAAUUUGGGAAGAUUGAAGAUAUAUGGGUGGUUAAGAAUCGGAAUUCAGGCGAAAAUAAAGGAGUCACAUACAUUAAAUUUUCGAAAACCUCAGAGGCAGCUUUUGCUCUAGAAGAAAUGAAUGGCAAAAUGUUGGGUUCUGUUGGAAGACCUAUUAAAGUAAUGAUUGCUUCAAAUCGUGAUCAGGGAUCUGUACGAGAAACAAAUGAAGAAGAAAGAUGGGUUCGUUUGUUUUGUGUUUUACCAAAGUCUAUGACUGAUAGUGAACUUCAACAAGAAUUUUCUAAGUUUGGACCCAUAGAGUAUGCAACAGUAGUUAAAGAUAGGAAUACAAAUGAAUCGAAAGGUUUCGGUUAUGUGAAGUUUAAAAGAGUAUCCAGUGCAGCUAGAGCAUAUGAAGAAUGCGAUAGGAAGUAUAAAGCUGUAUUCGCUGAACCCAAAAAGCCAAAACCUGAGCAUAUGGAUGUGAAAUAUAACAAUGGACUAUCCUCUCAUUAUGAUAGUGUCGGUGGAAAUUAUAGUUCUUCAAAUUUUGGGAAAAGCAGUAUUAGUUUAGAGAUUGCUACAAAUUAUCCUAAUUCCGAAGGUUACACACAUUUACAAGUUAUUGCACACCCAGCACUAAAUCAAGAUCAAUUAUGGAAACUCUUUGAUAUUGUACCUGGUUUGGAUUAUUGUCAUUUGAAAAAUGAUGUUAGAUAUAGGAUGCCAAGAGGUCAAGCUAUUGUAGUGUACUCUAAUCCUAGUGCUGCAGCAUAUGCAAGAGAAAAGUUUCAUGGUUUUGAGUACCCUCCUGGUCACAGAAUGAUAGUUAAACCUGAUUUAUCAAGUGUACCUCCAAAAAGUGUUGUAAAGCCUGGAAGUUCUACAGGUGGAAUAGCUAAUGCUAGAACAGAUUUAGCUCAUUUGGCAGAAACUAUUGCUCAAGCUACAUCUCUAAUUCAAGCUGCAGGGUUGACUGCACCAAGUUUAGAACAUUCAAUGUGCGUUAAAUUACCACCUGUACAACCAAUGGCGAGUAUAGACGCGGAAGUGGCAAAAAGAUGUUUUAUCGUAUGUGGCCCUCCAGUACCACCUAUAUAUGCCAUGAAGGAUGCUUUCUGUAGAUUUGGGAAUCUUAUAGAUGUAUACAUGCUCCCAGGGAAGAAUUGUGGAUACGCAAAGUACGCUAGCGUGGAAAGUGCGAAUGAAGCAAUUGAGGUCCUACAUGGGCAAGAAAUUUGUGGUUCACGAUUGAAAGUACUAGAAGCAGAAGAGCGCAAUGUCGGUGAUGAUCGUAGAAAACGAUUACGAAUGGACGAAGAUGAAAAUUAAUUUUUUUUUUGUAUACCUCACUGACUGGUAUACACAAGCUGGACGCACGCAAUAAAAGAGACGAAUUUUAAGACUCACUUGACCACGUCGGGCCCGCAUCCAAGGAAACUACUCCAACUACCUACUUUUAACUAUCGCUUACGUUCGCGAUUUCAACGUUACUGAACUUUAACGAUACUUUACUUUAUCCAUACAUAUCGUUACACAUACACCUGACUUCCUAAUUUUAUUAUUUUAAGAGGCCUGUGCGAAAAGUGAUCUUAAAGAUUCAAUUAAAAAGUAUAUAGUAUACAGAAAACUAGUUAGAUUUGAAACUUCUUCCUUUUAUGUAAGGAAGUUACAUGAUGCAAUAUACUUGAAAUGUUUAUUGUUGUUGUGUUAAUAUGCUACAGAUAUUAUCCAGAAGAGGAUUUCUAUACAUGUAUAUAUAUAUACAAACACAAACAUACAUAUAUAUAUAUGUGCUUUUGUAUGAAAAUCGUAUUUGGAUGAAAGUUUUUCCACAUAAAGCCCUCUAUGUAUUGAAACAAAUGAAAACAUGUAAAAAAGAAACAAAAGAUAAAAUUAUCUUUAAAAAAAGUUUAUAUUCUUGUUUGUAAAACAGGUAUGAUAAUUAAUGACGUCAAUUUAACUAUUCGCGCAGGCUCUAAAACACAAUCUAUCUUGUGCUUUAGAGUUAGUGAAACCAAUUUUCGUUUAUAAUUUAUAUUUAAUAGUUCUGUACUAUUCUUUUAUUAGCUAUACUGUGUAUGGAAGAAAACGUAAAGUAAUUUAUUUCUUGUAUAUCUUUCGAGGAAUAUUUUUGUGAUAAUAAUCUCAGAAUUUGAUUCCAAAACAAGAUACACUCUGGCAUACUUUAAUUUUCUUUGUUUUGUAAAUAUAGUUUCGUCUAUUAAUAAUAGAUUAACUAUAUAUUUUUAUGAUAAAAUCUAUAGAAUGCGAAGCGUAUUCUUAAAAAUGUUUAUGUACAUUACAGUUAUAUUCUGUAAUUUUGAAAUUACAGUUCGAAAGUUCAAUUACUACUUUGUAGUAUGUUCUACAUAUGAUAAUUGUUUUAAUAUUACAUAAUUUAAUAUUAAUUAUUGAUAAAGUUUCAGUAGAUGUAAUAUUUUUUUAUAUCUUCUGAUAAUCAUAAAAAUUUGUAAAUUAUAAAAAAAUGUUAAGUUAGAGUUAAAAAGGGGAAUAACAUACCAAAAUUUUCAAUGUGAUGUGGGUAUAUCUUGUUUUGGAAAUAUUUAACAUCACAUAUGUUCACAUAUACGGAUAUAUUUGCAUAAAAUAUAUCAGCAUGUUGUUUUUCACAAUUGAUUUGAGUUAUUAAGAAACGUACGUUUUCUUAGCAAAUUAAUAUUACGUCCAUGAUCACAAUUUCGUCAAAUACCAAUUAUUGACGCACAACAUGAACCCUUUAUGGUGGACACUUUUGUACGUGUGUUAGACUGUUUUACUCAAUGACCAUACGCAAUGAUGUUUUAGGAGACUGUAACUGACUUGUUUGAUGAUAUUAAAUACACAUUAAAUAUUGAAAAACUCACACUGACUUUCACUUAUUUUUUUUUUAAAUUACAAUGAACGGAGUGUCCUGUUUUGCAUGUAUAUAAUUCAUUGACCUGACAUGUUGUUUCUUUUCAUUUACAGGAUACCUGAAGGAUUCAAAGAUGUGUACCUGAUGACUGUGAUAUAGUAGAGUAAGAUAUUUCUGAUAUUUCGUACAUAUAUCAGAUAUUAAGACAUAAAUAAUAAAUUAUAAUUUUAUAUUGUUUCUUUUUUUUAUUACUGAACUAAAAAUAUUAUAUCAAUCCGAGAAAAAUUGUA